AUGACGGCAGACGAAUUCUACGACGACGAAGAAGAGAUCGACUUCUCCGAUCUCCGAGAACAAUAUGAAGUUAAGCUAGAAGAGGGCCUUGACACCUUCGUCGUUAUCGACGGGCUGCCAAAGGUUCCUGAGGACAACAAGCCCAAGCUUGUCAAAUUCUUGGUCAAGAAGCUACAGGCUGUCGGAACGACAAAGGAGGACGCGGUCUAUAUGCCCAUGGGCGAUGAUGGACAAUCUCAAGGAUUCGCCUUCGUCGAGUACGAAACCGCGACCCAGGCCGCCCAAGCUGUUAAGAAACUCAACGGCCUCGCCCUCGAUAAGAAGCACACCUUAGCGGUUAACAAGUUAACCGACAUUGAACGUUACGGCCGUGAAGGUCGCAUCGACGAAAAGUACGUCGAUCCGGAACCAGAACCGUUCGUUGAACAGGAGCAUCUCCGCUCUUGGAUUGGUGACGUUCGCGCCCGUGACCAAUUCGUUCUCUUCCGCGGAGACACCGUUGGUGUCUACUUUAACAACAAGAAAGACUCUCCUGAGAUGACUGUUGAACGUCAAUUCUGGACAGAAUCAUUCGUCAGAUGGUCGCCUCUUGGAACUUACCUCACAUCAUUACAUCCACAGGGUGUUCAGCUAUGGGGUGGCAGCAGCUGGAAGCGUAUGGCCAGAUUCCCACAUCCAGCUGUCAACCUAGUUGACUUCUCCCCCAACGAGAAGUACCUUGUCACCUGGUCCAACAAGCCAAUCGUCUACCAGGAAGGAAUGCCAGGCCUAACACCUGAAGAAGAUGGUAAGACAUACGUUGUCUGGGAUGUCAACACCGGGAAGCUCCUUCGUUCCUUCCCACCUAUUGAGAAUCCACAGGAAGCCGACAAACCACCAAAUCUGCGCAAGAAAAUCCAAUGGCCGCUCUUCAAAUGGACCGCUGACGAUAAGUACUGCGCCAGAGUCACCCCUGGCUCCUCCAUCUCCGUCUACGAAACACCUUCCAUGGUUCUCCUUGACAAGAAGUCGAUUAAACUCGAGGGUGUCGUCGACUUCGAGUGGUCUCCUUACGCUCCAACUGAGGAUGAAGCCAAGAAGGCUUCCGGUGAACAACUUCUCUGCUACUGGACUCCCGAAAUCAACAAUCAGACCGCCAGGGUGUCCCUGAUGGCCAUCCCUUCCAAGGAAAUCAUCAGAACAAGAAAUUUGUUCAGCGUAUCAGACUGCAAGCUUCACUGGCAAUCAGAAGGUGCCUACCUCUGCGUCAAGGUUGACAGACACUCCAAGCGUGGCAAGUCUACAUUCACAAGUCUUGAGUUCUUCAGAAUUAAGGAGAAGAAUAUCCCCAACGAACCCAUCGAGAUUCAGGACACAGUUAUCAAUUUCGCGUGGGAACCAAAGGGCGACCGUUUCGUCCUCAUCACCGCUGGAGAACUCCCACCAGCAGGCGCCGCCCCCGCCCCACCAAAGACAUCUGUCUCCUUCUAUGCUCCCGAAAAGACCAAGUCUCCACCAACUGGACCAUUCCGUCUCAUCCGCACAAUUGAUAAACGUAACUCUAACGCCAUCUUCUGGUCCCCCAAGGGAAGAUUCUGCAUUGUCGCUACUAUUAACUCCCAAGUCAGCCACGAACUCGAAUUCUGGGAUUUCGAUUUCGAUGGCGAAAAGAAGGAGUCUGAGAAGGAUCUCGCAGCCAAUCUUCAGUUGAUCGGAACCGUUGAGCACUACGGUGUCACUGAUUUGGAGUGGGAUCCUUCGGGUCGAUAUGCGGUCAGCAGCUCCAGCAUGUGGAAGCACACAAUGGAAAACGGCUAUCAUAUGUGGGACUUCAAGGGCAACUCUCUCCGCGAGGAUCAUAUCGAACGCUUCAAGCAAUUUUCCUGGCGUCCACGCCCACCAACCAUGCUGUCCAAAGAACAACAAAAGCAAGUCCGCAAGAACCUUAGAGAAUACAGCAGACAAUUCGAUGAGGACGACUUGAUCCUUGAAAGCGAAGCUUCCGCCACGAUUAUCGAGGCCAGGAGACGUCUUCUCGAGGAAUGGCGCGCAUGGAGAAGCAAGACGGAGAGAGAGCUGGAGGAAGAGAGAGAAGACCUUGGGUUACCGCCUCUGGGAGUUGAUGAAGAGAAGGAUAUGGAGGGCGCCACUGUUAUCGAGGAGAUUGUUGAAGAGGUUAUUGAAGAGAAGGAAGAGGAGAUUGCCUAG